CGUUUUAGUAGUGAGUACUAGAUUUCUGUGAGAGUUCUGAGAAGUGUGUGUGCGGUGCUCGAACUGACUGGCUGACGUCUUGAUGAAUUACAACUUUAUCUCGAUGGCUCUGGAAGAUCGGUCGAGCCCCAGUGCUGCGGCGAGCACAGACAGAAACAUGAACUCGCCGAACUCCCCUGAAUCCACCAGGACCUCUUCGUACACUUGCACGACUAUACAUCACGAGGACAACUCCAGGAGUUUCGUGUCUUCGCCUUCCACUUCACCGACGCACUACGUCCUUCCUAAGGUGGAGCAGGAAAGGUCUUUCUUCAGAAUAACUUCUUUCGCCUUACCUAGCCCUAAAAGCGAAUGCGAAAGGCAGAGUCCUGCGAGUUUUCGGUCUGCCUCUCCAUCCGACAGCGUUUCUUCUAGAUCCUCCGACAGAAACGAGCCCACGAUUCAAACUCUCAAGUAUUCGAUAAACAAUAUACUGAAGCCCGAUUUUGGCAGGACUGCAGUUCAGAGGACUAGGACAGUGCCGAAAAUCAGCUUCAAACCUUACGAAAAAUGCGAAAAGAUCAAAGACUUGAAGCCUCUGUCGAUGGCCCCCCUCGGGAGUCUCUGUCAGGCCGUUUCGCAGAUCGGGAGCACGGUAAAAAGGAUACCGGAGCCGAUUCCGAGGUCGCAGAGUCCGGUGAAGAAGUUGCCCAGCGUGGAAGAGGUGAAGAAGGAUGAAGAUGGGGGCGUUCCACAACUUUGGCCAGCUUGGGUUUAUUGCACUCGAUACUCUGAUAGACCAAGUUCAGGUAAAGUACCAAAAUUUUCUUUCAUGGACUCAUG